AUGUUCCUUAUCGUACUUUAUAAUAUUCUAUGCUGUAAGACGACUGUUUUUAUUUUUUUAUUUUUAAGAGGUUAUUUGAAUGUUCAUUUGCAGAUAACUAUGUUUCAAACUUUUUGUAAAUCAAGUCGAACAAGAAUAUCAGCUGUUUACAAUUUUCAUUCAACACACUUACAAUGCAUGAAAGAAAAAUCUUUUACUCAAAAACUGGAAAAUGGACCUAAUUUAGAAGAUUUUAUUGUUGGAAAUUACAAAGAAUAUGAUGGUAAACUAAAAUUAGAAAAAGGAGACAAAUCUCGUUUGAGAUUGCCACCUUGGCUUAAAACACAAAUACCAAUGGGUAAAAAUUAUAGUAGAAUAAAAUCACAAUUAAGACAACUAAAAUUGAGUACUGUAUGUGAGGAGGCACGAUGUCCUAAUAUUGGAGAAUGUUGGGGAGGUGAUAAACAUGGAACAGCAACUGCCACUAUUAUGUUAAUGGGCGAUACAUGCACCCGCGGUUGUCGUUUCUGUUCUGUAAAAACAUCACGUACACCAUUACCAUUAAAUCCAGAAGAACCAAUAAAUACAGCAACUGCAAUAACAGAUUGGGGUUUGGAUCAUAUUGCAGAGACAGUAAAAGAAAUUAAGAAGAGAAGCAAUAUUUUAGUAGAAUGUUUGGUACCGGAUUUUAGAGGAAAUGAAAAUUGCAUUGCAACAAUUGUUGAUUCUAAUCUCGACGUAUUUGCUCAUAAUAUCGAAACUGUUGAACGUUUAACACCGUUUGUUAGAGAUAGACGAGCUGAAUAUAGGCAAUCACUAAAUGUCUUGAAGGCAGCAAAAAAAUGUAAUCCAGAGUUAAUUACUAAAUCAUCAAUAAUGUUAGGAUUAGGUGAGACUGAUGAAGAAGUAGAACAAACAAUGAAAGAUUUAAGGGAGGUAGGUGUAGGUGCUUUAACACUGGGACAAUAUAUGCAACCUACAAAAAGACAUUUAAAAGUUAUUGAAUAUGUUACUCCCGAAAAAUUUAAAAAGUGGGAAAAUCUAGGAAAUGAAUUAGGAUUUCUUUAUACUGCAAGUGGCCCAUUAGUGCGUUCGUCAUAUAAAGCUGGAGAAUUUUUUUUGACAAACAUAUUAAAAAAACGUAAAAGUAAACACACUGAAAAUCAAUAA